CAGGGACAGGGGAGAGGGCGCUGUGCUCGGGCUACCCAAUGCUUGGACUAUCUGCCGCCGCUGCUCGUGCAAUAUGCUGGAGCUCCAGAACAGCUAAACGGAGUCGCCACACCGCUGCCUGGGCUGGAUCGCAGCGCUGCCUUUCCUUAUGAAGAAGACACAAACUUGGAUUAUCACUUGCAUUUAUCUUCAACUGCUCCUAUUUAAUCCUCUUGUCAAAACUAAAGGGAUCUGCGCGAAUAUUGUGACGGAUAAUGUAAAAGACAUCACAAAAUUGGUGGCAAAUCUUCCCAAAGACUAUAUGAUAACCCUCAACUAUGUCCCCGGGAUGGACAUUUUGCCAAGUCAUUGUUGGAUACGGGACAUGGUAUUACAGUUGUCAGUCAGCUUGACCAAUCUUCUGGAUAAGUUUUCAAAUAUUUCUGAAGGCUUGAGUAAUUAUUCCAUCAUAGACAAACUUGGGAAAAUAGUGGAUGACCUUGUGGAAUGUGUGGAAGAAAACUCACCCAAGAAUGUAAAAAUAUCAUCCAAGAGGCCAGAACCCAGGCCCUUUACUCCUGAACAAUUCUUUAGAAUUUUUAAUAGAUCCAUUGAUGCCUUCAAGGACUUUAUUGUGGUAUCAGAAACUAGUGAUUGUGUGCUUUCUUCAACACUAAGUCCUGAGAAAGAUUCCAGAGUCAGUGUCACAAAACCAUUUAUGUUACCCCCUGUUGCAGCCAGCUCCCUUAGGAAUGACAGCAGUAGCAGUAAUAGUAAGGCCGCCAGUUCCAUUGGAGACUCGAGCCUACAAUGGGCAGCCAUGGCAUUGCCAGCAUUCUUUUCUCUUGUGAUCGGCUUUGCUUUUGGAGCUUUAUACUGGAAGAAGAAACAACCAAAUCUUACAAGGGCAGUUGAAAAUAUACAGAUUAAUGAAGAGGAUAAUGAGAUAAGUAUGUUGCAAGAAAAAGAGAGAGAGUUUCAAGAAGUGUAAUUGUGGCUUGUAUCAACACUGUUACUUUUGGACAUUGGCUGGUAACAGUUCAUGUUUGCUUCAUAAAUGAAGCAGCUUUAAACAAAUUCCUAUUCUGUCUGAAGUGACAGACCUCGUCUUUAUCUGUUCUUGCUACCCAUGAGUUUAUAUGGAUGAUUCAGAAAUUGGAACGGAAUGUUUUACUGUGAAACUGGCACUGAAUUAAUCAUCUACAAAGAAGACCUUGCAUGGAACGGGACUCUAUUUUAAGGACUGGGGGGUCUUGUGGUCUCCUUUGGAACUUGCUACUGGUGUUGGGAGAGAAGGCCUGAGUCCCUGGCUAUGUGCACCAUUUGCAUGGCUCCAGAAAUGUGGCUGAAAAGCCACAAAGCUUUAGUCUUCAGUGACACCAUGAAGCCUGUAGUUAGCCUUGUCUCUGCAAAUAGAUUUCAGCCUGGAUAGUGGGGAUAAUACAUUUUUCUCAAAAGAUUCUAGAAAAACUUAGGUGAAAACUCUAAAAUGUCAGCCGCUGUACAGUGUAGACAGCAGUCAGAGUGAAGCAAUGCGAUAGGCAACACGUCCGUUUUGUAGUUUUUAAUUAACUGUAUGGGUCGAAUCUUGAUUUCUUCCCAGUAUAAGCCAGGCUCUCCCAUAUCCCACUAGAAAAAAAAAGGAUAUGGUGGGCUGGUUCUGUCUGUGAAGGGGAGCCAGGACUGACUUAGAACGAUGCCUGGGCAGAAGGGAAACCCAUAGAGCGUCAUCGCAGGAAGAACUGUGGGCACUGAAGAGCAAAGCAGUCUGCUGAGGAGGAGAUUUGGUGCCCUGAUGAAAAGUCUUCCUUUCUCCUUGACCACUAGAAUGUA